GUAAUGUCUGCGAUACUGCCCUUUAAUGAUGUGCUCAUAUAUUCCUCUCUGAAGUCUGUCGCAUUUUGAAACGGAUAUAGGGCAUGGCAUCGCCAUUCGCAAAAAUCACCGUCUUUGUCCAAAGGUACCGAAUGGGAUUCUUACUAGCUGGAUGUGGAGCGGUGUUUUCCGCAAACAUGUUCUACCACGUGUUUCCAGAGAACACUUACAAAAAGCUUUAUCAAGCCUGGAGAAAAGGGGAGCCCGCCAGCCUCUCUGAAAAACUGGAAAAGACCUUCCAGGAUGUCCUGAAGGACACAAGGGUCAUUUCGUCCCAAAAGUACAGUGCCUUUGCUGCUUUUGGCUUCCACCCUGUGGGGGCGGGGGUGCCCUGGAUGCCGUCCGGAGCUCACAUUGGCAUACCUGCCAACUUCAACAGCACCCUGGAUGACUCCGCUGGCAUCACCAAUCGCGUCAUCUUCAUCAAUGGGAAAGAGGUGGAGUGGGACAGCGAUUCAGGUGCCGCCCUGAAAGAGGCGCUGCUGCUCUCCCCGGAAGCCCAGAAGUUUGCGGUGGCCAGAGAGGUAGCUCGUCUGGAGAGUGGUGGACCGGUGCUUCAUGCUGCAGUGGCCCCCGCCUGCCUGGCAGGAGUGUGCGUGUACGGUGUGGCACUGAAGCAGAUCUUUGGCCUGUAUAGCGGGCCUGCAGUGCUGCGUGGCCUGGUGAACGUGCUAGCAGUGGCCCUGGGUGCGGCCUCCUACUUUCUCACCUCCGACGCGCUCAGCCAGUGGUUGGACUACAGCUCAGACCGCAAGGCUGCCAGCAUCUCCAAAGACUAUGCCAAAGGAGGGGUGGAGUUCUACGACAAAAUUCUCUCCAGGAAUAAAACCCUGCGUACGCUGAUGGGCCAAAAAGGGGAGGAGAUGUAUGCACCCAGUGGCAACCUGUUCCCUGCCAGUUUACUGCAACUGAAACAUGCUCCUUAUACCUCCAGGAGAGAGGGCAUCGCCAACCUUUUGAAGGAAGAGAAGGUGUAAGAGGAGGCGAGGUGUCCUAUGCUGUUUUGCAAGGGAAAGGCAGGCCUGUGCAGCGUAAAUUAUAAUGAAUGACUGUAAUGACACAUCAUUGAUUGAAUAUUAUUUGUAUGCACUUUUUCUAGUCUCUCAAAGUGUCUACAAAGAGAUGAAAUGUCACGACCACCCUCCCAGAGGACUGAAGGUGUGUGUAUAUCAGGGAAAACUUGGGUCAAUUAAUCAAAAAUGUACAGAAACAGCAAAACUUAAGCAAGAUGGAUUCAAUUGGGACACUUUGGGGACAAUAUGAUCACACUGGUCUGUUCAGUGCUGUGGAUCCUAAUGUUCUAAAAACACUGUGUAAAGAUUACUGUAGAGGCAUGUGCUCCCAUCCACAUCUGUAGGGAUGAUCUAUUCAGUGGGGUUGUGCUACAACAAAGUACUGUAGUAAUACAGUACGAUUGUGUUACAGCAACAUUUGUAUCUUAUGUUCUCUUAUAAGGCUCUCACUUCUGUUGGUGUUGUACUGUCGUUUCUAAAUAUACAGGAAAACUGUCAGUAACAUUAAAUAAUUGGGAU